AUGUUGCCGUAUUGGCUGCUGCUAUCAGUUGUAGCGACGACAACGUUAGGUCUCACGGCGGAUGAUGGCACAUUUCUGUCCGCAAUGAAGAAUUUAUUUUUCGGAACAGAACAGUACAACGGCACACAAACGCAGCUGCUCUCUUCUUCAUACAGUCACCCGACCUUUCAUCAAUUUUCAGCAACAAACGGGCAAUCAUCCGGGUCCGCCUGUAUGAUGCCUCAACAAAUUGGGACUGGGCCCUAUAGAAUACCAAGAUGGUAUUUCAAUCCAGCUCGCGGACGUUGUGAAUUGUUCUACUGGUCCGGAUGUUGUGGAAAUGGGAACAAUUUUCAGACUUUUCAAAAUUGUCAGUCAACAUGUGAAGAAUCUCCAAAUCCAUGUGCGGUUUCCGUUGGAAACACGAUCAAUCAAUGCACUCCCGGAGUGAGCACAUGUGGAUCGGGAAGUUUCUGUCAUGUUGGCGCCACACCACAGACAACCGCAUGCUGUCCUAAACCAGCUCCAAUUGAUCGCUGUCAACAACCACUUAACGUAGGUGUUGGGAAUGCAAAUCUACAACGGUGGUACUUCAACCCUCUCACACAACAAUGUCAACCGUGCAUCUAUCGAGGACUUCAAGGAAAUGAGAACAAUUUUCUCACGAAACAGGAGUGCGAAAAUUCGUGUCUCGUGAAUCCAUGCAAGAUUGGAGCACCAUUCCGUGCUCAAGGAGUAAUUGUGCAAUGCUCAGCGAUGAAUCCUAACGUGUGUCCGGCAAACCAUUAUUGUCAUAUUGGAGCGGACACCACUACAACAGUGUGUUGUCAGGCUCUUGAAGGAAGCAAUCCAUGCGCGGAACCGUGGACGAAAGGCGAAGGCGAUGCGGCGUUGACUCGAUUUUACUAUGAUGCUCUACAACGGAAAUGUCUUACUUUCAACUAUUUCGGCACCAAAGGAAAUCAGAACAAUUUUGUAACGAGAGAAUCCUGUGAGGCAGCAUGUCCAGUAUGGAUAAAUCCAUGUGCCAUAGGUCAGCCGACCUUAACUUCUGAUCAACAGCCUUUCAAAUGUCAUCAAGGUGCAUCUUGUUCUCCUGGGUACUAUUGUCAUAUCGGUUUCGAUGAGACUACCACAGCAUGUUGCUCGUCACAAGGAGAUCCAUGUAGUCUGAUAGUGAAUGAAGGGAAAGGACCUCACAGCAUCCAGAGAUGGUUCUAUAACCAACAGACACACCAAUGUCAAUCCUUUAUCUAUCAAGGGAUGGCUGGGAAUGAGAAUAACUUCCUGCUACGAGAACACUGUGAAUCCACCUGUCCAGUAUGGGUGAAUGUUUGCCCCCAGGGCGAACCGUACCUCGUUGCAACCGCUCGACCUCAACAAUGUGAUCCAUCCAACGAGGACUCGUGUCCAAUUACACAUUGGUGCCAUCCAGGUCCCGACUCGACUACAACAAUGUGUUGCCCAGGUCGCGUCGAUCCAUGCACAAGAGCGAAAUCCGAGGGUGAGGGUCCCCUUCAGUUGACUAGAUACUAUUUCGAUGCGGCACAACGACAAUGCUUGCAAUUUUCGUUUCGAGGAAUAAGAGGAAACGCGAACAAUUUUCUAACAAAAGAAAAUUGCGAGGCGCGAUGUCCUGUUCAAGUGAAUCCCUGCCCAGUGACUAUGAAUUCGUUGAAAAGCUCGGUAGGACUUACCACAUGCUCACCAACAAAGAAAUGUCCAGAAACACAGUGGUGUCAUAUUGGAGCAACAAAAGAAACAACAGUUUGCUGUCCGAAUGCACUUCCUAGCCCGUGCACAGCACCUCCACGUAAUCCUGGUGAAGGACCGUAUCAUGCGACAAGAUGGGCGUUCGACGGGACCUCUCGCAAAUGUGUCCCAUUUGAAUAUCGUGGAAUGCGCGGUAACGCGAACAAUUUCCUUACACGUGAAGAUUGUGAACAAAGAUGUCCAGUAUUCACAAAUCCUUGCAAAUUGGGUGAACCGUACGCGUCCGGGAACGUUUACUACACAUGUAGCCCUACAUCGUUGUGUCCAAAAACUCAUUACUGUCACGUGGGUGCCGACGCGAAUUAUUGUUGCCCAGUGCUGGGGACAGAUCCAUGCAGUCAGCCAUAUGAUCGCGGUAAUGGCGGUGCUCAGCUACAGCGAUGGUAUUGGAAUUUACAGUCACAAUCGUGUAUACCGUUCAGUUAUUGUGGCACAAAAGGAACACAAAACAACUUCCUUAGCAAAUCGGACUGUGAACGAACUUGUUACGUGCUCGAUAAUCCGUGCGCUCUUGGCCAACCCCAAAUGACCGUCGACAAUCGACCACAAACAUGUUCUCCGGGUUCAAAUAUGUGCGCUGCUGGUUUCUGGUGUCAUAUCGGAUCCAUUCAAAAGACAACAGUUUGCUGUCCAGGAAGAGUGGAAGGUCAGGCAAUUUGCCAACAACCGCUAGCGCUUGGCAACGGUGACGAUGCCCUUCCACGGUGGUACUAUGAUGCGGCCAGCAUGAGAUGCGUGCAAUUCUUCUACCGAGGACGUUAUGGAAACCAGAAUAACUUCCUUAGUCAAUAUGAAUGCGAGCAGGCUUGUCCCGUAUACGUCAAUGUCUGCCCCGAGGGCAACCCACUACUGGACUCGACAAAUCGUCCUGUCACUUGCACUUUCGGCUCAAACUCCUGCGGCGAAGGCUAUUGGUGUCAUUUGGGACUUGUCCCAGAUGAAUAUCAGUGCUGUCCCGGCGAGCCAGUGAUGCCCGGCGCAUGCCAAGGCCUACCGGAAGAGCAAGGAGUGCUGGGAGCAGCCGUUCCUCCUGUUAUUCGUUAUUAUUACGAUCAGACAGAAAUGAGAUGUAAAGAAUUCACCUACAAUGGACGUAAAGGGAAUCAAAACAACUUCCUAACGUUGGAGGAUUGCGAGCAAACUUGUAAUGUUUUCAACAAUCCUUGCAAUCAACCUAUACCACUUCCACCACAAAUGUGCUCAGCAAGUGCCAUGGAUACCUGUGGGCCUAACGCUUGGUGUCAUAUCGGAGCAACACCAGAGACAACCGUUUGUUGUCCUAACGAAGGUGAUCCUUGUUCACUUCCCCUUAAUCGGGGGACCGGGAAUUCGUUCGUGGAUCGAUGGUACUUCAAUCAACAGUCAGGAACCUGUCAACCAUUCUCGUACGCUGGCACACACGGAAAUCAGAACAAUUUCCUCACUAGAGAGUCCUGCGAGGAACGAUGUGGGCCAAAUCCUUGCUUUGAAGGUCGGCCAUUCGCCGGAGUCGACGGUCGUCCACAGACGUGUUCAAUUUCUGCUAAUCUAAACACGUGUCCAGCGAGUUAUUGGUGUCAUAUUGGAGCUGAUAUAACCACAACAGUUUGCUGUCCAGGAGCCUCCACAAAUAUCUGUAAUUUGCCAAUGUCAACUGGAGAUGGUAAUUACAACCUCGAACGCUUCUACUUCGAUCAAUCAUCCCGAACAUGUCGUCCUUUCAUUUACAACGGUUUGAAGGGCAAUCAGAACAAUUUCAUUACAUUAAGAGCUUGUCAAUUAGCCUGCCAACCCCUCGACAACCCAUGUAUUGGCCAACCUGCUACCACUGCUGCAGGACAGGUUCUUUUCUGUUCGCCAACCAACAAGGACACCUGCCCAGUGAACUUCUGGUGUCACAUCGGUGCAACCCCCGAGACAACCGUAUGCUGUCCAGGCGCCACAAACGCCUGCUCCGUUCCGUUAGCACCUGGUACAGGAAACGCUGGACUAUCACGGUGGUACUAUAAUCCAGAUGAUAGGCAAUGCCUUCCAUUCCAAUACAAUGGUAAACGUGGAAACCAAAACAAUUUCGAGACACAGACAGAAUGUGAGCGGACGUGUCCAGAAGAACUGUGCUUGUUGUCAAUAGAUCGAGGGGCUUGUGGAGGUCGGCAGACUAGAUACGCCUUCAACCGUCAAACAAGUCAGUGUGUACCUUUCGAUUACACUGGAUGCGGAGGAAACUUGAACAACUUCGUAACGAUGAUGGACUGCAUGGCGACGUGUGGCAAUGUAGGAUUCCGACGAUGA